AUGUGCUCCAUCAUUUGCUUGAGGGCACGGUUAUCAUCAUUGCUGUGGCUCUUCCCCAUCAUUUGUUGCAAUGCGUUUACCGCCUCUUCGAACGCGUCUCGAUUCGCCAACACGAACUGUUCGGUUGUGCUUCCGUACGGUACUCAAUACGAGUGGCGCUUCUCAGCUGGUACAACCCGCAGACCAGUUGCAACUAACUCUGCGGGAACACAAAUCACCAAUAUAACCUUCACGACCAGCAUCUUCGCAACAGACGGGAAAUGGGAGUUCCAAACGACGCAGACUGUCGUCACGUUUCCAACGGCAUUUCUUGUAGAUGCUGAUCAGUAUGCAUGGGCCACGGGACCGGCAACGACAACCACGCAGUUCUUUCCCACCGUAUACCCGCACGCUCAGUUAUCGAACUUUGAUUGGGCUGCCAUCGCGCCCUCGGGCGACCUUGGUGGCCUCCUCUUCACCCUCGCCCCGACUGUCACCAGCCUCAACGGUAUCGGUUACUAUCGAUCGUUAUAUCCAAGCAUCGGACCUAUACAAACUUGCCAGCCAGCAACACCUCUACAAAUCUUCGAUCAGCCUCCAGGAGUGCUUAACGUUGGCACUCUUGAGCUGCCAACUUUCUCGGUGGGCACUCCAACAACUUCCGGUCAGAGCUCCUCUCUUGAGGCCAAUCUCACCGUAACCCUCGGCUCAACUCACGUCAGCCUCACCACUGUUGCAUUGUCGGGAACAUCGACGAGUGAUGAAUACGCUGGAGCUACCACAGCCAGCCACUCAAGCGCAGUCGGCUUUGCUACGCCUUCUCCAACGACUCGCAUCGCAAGUGCUACCGCCGCUUCCUCCGAUCAGACGUUCUGGCCCCCGACGGACCACUCCAACCGUCCAACACCUUUUCAGCCCUCAGAAACAGCAGGAAUAUAUAUCAAUGGCCACCCGCUACCAUUCAACAGCACCAUCACGCUAGGCACGGGGCCAACACUCACGGCGAUUGCUCUGGAGACAAACAGCGCAGGCCGCACCGUGCUGUAUGGCAACAUUACGACGACAGGUCCUACUUCUAUUCCCUUGCUGAGUUCCAGCAUCACCGGCAAUCCGACCUCGCCGUCUGUCCGGUUGCCGAGUAUUGUGUCGAGUCUAACGCCGACAAUUGUAUACACGAAUGACACGUCGAAGGGAAGGAGCUUGCGAGCGGAUAUACGACUGCUAGCUUUGCUAUUGCCAGUACUGGCGUGGUGACGGGUACAGUGACGUUUAGUCUCUUUUGUUCUCGAUUUAGGCGACAUGGCUUCUCUGCGGAGCCUCUGUGGCAGCAUGUAGCUAUGAGUACACAGUUUCAUUUCUAGUACAGAGGUUCUAUAGCACUUGGCCGCCGUAGUAAACAUUCCUUACAUCCACCAUCUUCCUCCCUCUCCCUCGUGCGACGUCUUCGGGUAUGCGUUGUUUGGUGAGUGCUUGGAAAGCAGCCUUGACCACGUUCAUUUUAUUACGUGACCGAGGGGUACGGGCGGCCAGAUCGCUUAUACCCGCAGCGCGUGCGAGUUCGAAGAUGAGGGACUGGCAGCGAUUGCC